CCCGCCAGCCCGCCAGGGGUAUAAAUGUGCUGUCCGGGACAGCUCAGACAGCCGCUGGCUUCUUUUGCCCGCUGCCGCUGCCGCCGCCGCCGCCCGUGGGUGCAUCCCGAAGCGCGUGUUAGCCCGCUCCCAGACGACUCCCCGAGGAGCUCCGAAGAACCAAGAACAUGGCCAAGCAACUGACAUUAGAAAAAUGUGACCUGGAGUAUAAGAAGAAUGGCAAAAGUCACUGGACUUCUGGCCUGUGCCGGGACAGACUGGUAGUCAGAAGGGGUCAGCCAUUCAGCAUCAAUAUGUUUUUCCAGGGCAGGGGCUUUGAGGCAUCUGUGGACAAACUUUACUUCAUUGUAGAGACAGGGCCCUAUCCCAUUGAAGCUGCAGGCACCAAGGCCAAAUUCGCCCUCUCUGACUCUGUCUAUGAGGGGGCCUGGGCAGCCUCUGUGGUUGGCCAAGAAGGCAAUAUGCUGCGCCUGACAAUCUCCUCCCCACCCAAUGCUCCCAUUGGCUACUACAAGCUCUCGGUGGAGGCCAUCACAGAAUCCCAAAGCAAUACUUUCUCCGCCGCCAGCUUUACCCUCCUCUUCAAUCCCUGGUGCCAAGCGGAUUUGGUCUAUAUGGAGAAUGAUGAGUUUCGGAAGGAAUAUGUCAUGAAUCAACAUGGUAUCAUUUUUCAGGGGUCCUAUAAAUAUGUCAACAAGAUCCCAUGGAACUUUGGACAGUUUGAAGAUGGCAUCUUAGACACCUGCAUUGAGCUCCUGGACAUGAGCCCCAAAUUCAUUAAGGAUCCCAGUCAUGACUGUUCCCAGCGCAACAAUCCUGUCUAUGUUAGUCGGGUCAUGAGUGCCAUGGUCAACUGUAAUGAUGACAAGGGAAUCUUAUAUGGGCGCUGGGAUAACAUCUACAAUGAUGGAAUCAACCCCAUGGCCUGGAUAGGGAGUGUGGACAUCCUGAGGAAGUGGAAAAAGAGCGGGUGUCAACAAGUGAAGUAUGGCCAAUGCUGGGUCUUUGCCGCUGUGGCUUGCACAGUCUUGCGGUGCCUAGGAAUACCAGCCAGGGUCAUAACCAAUUACAACUCAGCCCAUGAUUCCAAUGCUAACCUGAUCAUUGAGGUGAUCACAGACGAGGCAGGCAAGAUAUUAAAGAAAGACAGUGAAAUGAUAUGGAACUACCACUGUUGGCUUGAAGCCUGGAUGGCCCGUCCUGAUCUGCAGCCAGGGUAUAAUGGUUGGCAAGCUAUUGAUCCAACUCCCCAGGAAAAGAGUGAAGGGACAUACUGUUGUGGUCCAUCUUCAGUCAAAGCCAUUAAGAAUGGUGAUGUGAAUACCAAGUAUGAUGCUCCCUUCGUCUUUGCCGAAGUCAAUGCGGAUGUGGUGAACUGGAUCAGGAAAGGUGAUGGCAGCACUGAAAAACUGUAUACCAAAACUGCAAAAGUAGGCUUAAUGAUCAGUACAAAGGCUGUAGGCAAGGAUGAGAGAGAAGACAUCACUCACAACUAUAAGCAUCCAGAAGGGUCCCACGAGGAACGAGAGGCAUUUAAAAAAGCAAAUCACACAAACAAGCUGUAUCCAAGAGAUGAGUAUCCUCUAGACAAUAUGCUAAAGUUGAAGAUCAAGGUGUCCCCAGACAUGAACAAGGGUAAUGACUUUGAUGUCUUCGGUGUGAUCAACAAUAUUUCAACGAUGGAGCAAAAAUGCCAGCUAAUGAUAGUUGCCCGGACAGUCAGCUACAAUGGCCAACUUGGGCCUGAGUGUUCCAGGAAAGAGAUGCCCUUUCUGAACAUAGAACCCGUAUCUGAGAAGAAAAUACCCUUGAGGAUCCAGUACUCAAAUUAUCGUGACCACCUGAAUGAGAGCAACCUUAUCAAGGUGAAGAUGCUCCUCCAACUUCAUGAAUCCCGUACUUUCCUGUUGGCUGAGCGAGAUAUCUACCUGCAGAAUCCAGAGAUCAAGAUCAGGAUCCUAGGAGAACCCAAGAAGUUUCGGAAGCUGGUGGCCGAAUUGUCCGUUAAAAACCCCCUCCAAAUUCCCUUGCUUGGCGCUGUCUUCACUGUGGAAGGAGCUGGGCUGACUCAGGGGCAGAAGAUAAUUGAAAUCAAUGAACCAGUUGAGCCUGGAAGCACUCUCACAACCCGAGUGGACCUGAUGCCCCAGUGGCGUGGACUUCAUAAGCUGGUGGUGAAUUUCGAAAGUGACAAGAUGAAAGCAGUGAAGGGCUACUGGAAUGUAAUUAUUGGAGAUUAGUUCAACUGAGAAGUCACUCACUGAUCCUAGAGGGAUGGGGAGCAAACCCCAAUCUCCCCACGCCCAUCCCAACCCACACAACUGAGCCUAAUCACACACUAUCAGACAACUCCCAAGCUGUACCCCACAAACCAAGAAAAUUCAAUCAAGAGACUUUCCCUUUCCCCAGUGUCCCAGGCCCCAUGAGGGUUCUCUGCAUCAGAAACACUCCAGGUCCACAGGAUCAAAGAUGGUCAACAGCCAUCUUUGGGAGUUGCGUCUCUCCAGCCUAUUACCCUUCCUAAAAGUUAAAGCUCCCUGAGAAGGGAAAGUUUUUGAUGCUCCCUCAGCCAUAGGGAGGGUCCUUUUCCCAUGAUGCACCAGUACUAUGAACAUGACAGGGUAGUUCUGACAGUGGCUGGCAACUGUCAGAGACAUAAUACCCUGUCCCCUGGCCUGCCACCAUUUUUCUGCAGAGACAGAACACCCCCUGUGCACCAAUCAGGGGUCCCCUUCUUGCACCAUCAAGUCAUGGGUCUAGGACAGGAUUGUCAAUUUCAAUUUAUACUCUCCCACUUAUCCCCCAAGCUAGCCCCACCCAGAGAUACAGGAUAUAGUGGGAGGUUUAGACAAGCAAAAAGAUGGCUCCUAGAGUGAGGAGGAAGAAUCAAGGAGCUUGAAAUGAGGGACCAGAGGAUGAAUCUGCAUCAUAUUUAAAGAAAGAAGUAAGAUGUGGUUCAAACCUGGGCUGGGAAGUAAGGAGGCAACAUUGCUGUCACAAAAUAUCUGCAAGGAUGUUAAUGGAAGGUGGUCUUUUUCUGUUUGGCCCGAGAGCAGAACUGGGAGAAAUUGAUAGAAAUUACAGGGAAGUAGACUUCAGCUCAAAAAAAAAAAAAAAAGACCUCUUUAAAAAUCAGAGCUAAUCCACAAAGGAAUGGAACUGCCUUAAAAGGUAAUGAACUCCCAUGUUACAAGUGGGCUGCUGCACUGAAAAGGGAACUGGACUAGAAUGGAGACUCCUUCCAAUUUAGGGUUUCUAUGAUUUUAAUUCAAUCUCUGCCUUGACUGUGUGACCUUAGCCAAGAUAUUUCUCAUCUCUGGGUCUCAGUUGCCUCCUCUGUUAAAGUGACUGGAUUAGUUAGUCUCUUAAUCCUCCUGUCCCUUUACCCUGCCCUUCCCACCAAGCUCUGAGACUCCGAGCAGAAAGACUGAACUAAUGCCUAUAGUCCUGUCCCCCAGAAUCAAGUUAUUCAUUCCAUAUCAGAGGCAGGAGGCCAUAGGAGUCUAUGUGCUUUUUUCUUUUUUUUUGUGGGGCAGUGAGGGUUAAGUGACUUGCCCAGCUAGUAAGAAGUGUCAACCGUCUGAGGCCGGAUUUGAACUCGGGUCCUCCUGAAUCCAGGGCCAGUGGUCUAUCCACUUCACCACUUUAUGUGCCUUGUUCUUACAGGCAUUAGGCUACCUGCUUAUUAGGUUCCCAAGAACUAUCCUGUGACUGUAAUAUUCAAUUUGCCUUCACACUUCUCCUCUCUCCACCUUUGUAAUGACAAAUGUCUUAAGGUCAGCCUGACUUUCCUACAUCUUCCUCCUUUCUUUCUCCCACCAAGGGAGAAAGCCAAGAUUCUUAGGACCUAACCUUCUUUACUAGCUUGUACUAAUGCUAACCCAAGGCCUAACUCCAGGCCCUACUCAUUGCUAAGCCUCUUAAGCACAGGUCUGGAGACUUACAGGGAAGCAGGGAGAGAGGUCUCCAAAGCUAUAGCUUUCAGCAGAACUUGUAUAUCUUCUAUCAAGGUCUAGCAAGCUUGAGGAUGCUGAAGAUAGAAUUCUUAUUCAGGAAUGGGUUGGACUAGAGGGACUUGAAGAUUCCUUAUAAAACUGAUUCAGAGAUUCUGCAAUAGAUCUGCCCAAGCUUGUGUGCUAUUGAUGUAGCCUUAAAAAUGUAGGGUCAUCUUCAUGAGAAGCAACAUGCCAGAGAAAAGGGACCAAGAAGGUGAGGAGUCCUGAAACCACCUAAAUAUGUGAAUAUAAGUUCAAAGAGCUAGUGAAUUUUAGCCUAGUGAAGACUUGGGGAAGAUGGGGUGACAGUUGCCUUCAAAUCCUUGAAGGGUUAUCACAAGAAAUAUUAGACUUCUGCUUGGUUCCAAAGGACAGAACUAUGCAUAAUGGAGGGAAGUCACAAAGAAGCAGAUUUUGAUAUGAACUUUUUUUAGAAAGACAGUAGAGCUGUAAAAAUAGGAACGGACUGCCUUAGAAGCACUGGAGUUCUUCAGUAAUCAAUCAAUCAAUCAACAAGCAUCUGUUAAGUGCCCAAUCUAUGCCAGAUAGAAAUUUUAAGAAGCCAGUCCCUGCCCUCAAAAAGCAUACAUCUACUAAUGAAUGACCAUUUGGGGAUGACAUGGAGAGGUGUACUGCUUCAGUUUUGAGUUGUAUUGGACAACCUCUGAGGCUGUCCAGUAAAUGAGAUUGGAUUAGAAAAUUCCUGUCCCAGACCAGAAAAUCCCCACGUUUAGGGGAAAUACCUGAAAGAUAAAAGCAGCAUUCCUUGCUUCACUACCAUCUUCCAGUCUCCAGUUAGCUCCAGGAUAUCAAGUCUCAGGAAAGUAGAAUCUGUAGGGAGAAUGCGAAAUAUGUCUAGGCAUCUGGGGAGAGAGCUUCAUGCAUAGGAAUCCUUCCUGGACUAGAAGUCAGAGGACUCAUAUUCUAAUCGUUUCUGUCAAAAAUGGUCAUCUUAGGCAGGUCAUUUCCCUGGCUUUACUCGGUGUGUAAAAGGAAAAUAAGAAUCCUCCAUAAGGUUGCUGCAAAAACACUGUAAAGCACUAUAUCAAUGUGAAAUGGUGUCUAUCUGGAAAACGGGAUAUGAGGGUUUUAGAAGCUUCACUCAUACUUGCUAUUACUAUUACUAGGGAAAUAUUCUGUUGGUUUUUUUCAAACAAGAUUUUAAAAUGUGAGCAAAAAUGGAAUUGAUUCGGUCCAUAGUUAAAUAAAGCUUUUUAUAGCAGAGCGGGCAGGGAAACUUGCUUUUGAGCCGUUUGUGCCCAUCCCCAUUUGUUGGCACUUGCCAGCCACCUGGGCAUGCUUGUGUAGUGCAUAUGCUGAAGUAACCAAAAUAAAGAUUUUAUUUUUCACCUUCAAACACCAGCUCCUGGUUUGUCCUGGAAAGUCUUUCAACAUCCUCUUUCAUGUAGGGCUCCAGCAUUGCCUAGUGGUUUGAUGGGCAGGGGCAGGAGAUGUAGUUGUUCAACCACAUAACUCAACCCCCUCUGUGUGUCCUACCCCAGUGCAACAGUCUAAUGGGACAAAAGGAAAGUGACCUGAGAACUAUCUUUACAUGUAACGGAAAAAAUAAAAUACCUUAUACAUAAAAAAACAAAAACAAAAAAAAAAAAAGGAAAGUGACCAAAUAAGAGGUAUCACCAUGGGGUAGAAGGAAUCCUGAUACCUGGGUUUCAGUUCUAGCUCAGUCCCUAGACUUGAGUCUAGUGUGACUCUGUGUAUUGUGUGACCUUGGUCAAGUCAUUUUUAGUCAUAAGAGUUAGAUCUAGAAGAGACCUUAGAGGUUGGGUCGGUCCAACACUGAUUUACAGAAUUGAAAACAAUCACCCAGAGAAG